AUCGUGUGUCGUUCAUUUUCCGUAGUCGUGGUUAUCGUCCCGUCGUUGGGGCUGUAGCUGUCGCUUCGCAUUUAAUGCUGUUGUCGCAGUAGUUUAGGAAUCGUGUCGCCUCGUGCAUCGCCUGCCUGCAUCUCCGAGGCUUUUUCCGCUUCUCAGUCGAGUACGUGGUCUUGCACGAAACGGUCGAGGUCGAAGUCUGCAGGAGAAGGAAGGCAGUUCGGUUUUUGGCAACAGCCCUAGGAACCCACACCCUGCGAAAGCGGUCGGAUACGGACACGUGCGAAGCAAACGGCCAGUAUACGCGGAGCAUUGCAGAAGUGGGGGAAAGACAUUGAUAACUUCGAGUCUCGACGCGCAAUAAUACAUCUGCGAAAGAUCAGGCGAUCAAUUUUUUUUUUUUGGCGUGCCAUUUUUUUUGUUACUGUUGGGCCUUUAAGCGCCUUCAUCGUGAUUCCGUAAUAACACACAACACUACAGCUGCAAGAGGCAAUGGGCGACAUGCAAAUUGUUAGUCAUCCCAAUCAUACGAUUCUGUUUUCCCUGCAACUGCUUCCAAUUCGAUUGUCAUUCGUCCUGGAUUCAAAGUAUAUAAAUGCUCAAAGGAAAUAUAUGCAAUCCACACCACAAAUCAAACAGUCAAUGACAGUUUCACAACCACAGCGGGAAAAUAUUGCGACUGCCUUGCUACCAAAUGCCAACUGUGGUUAACCAGCCAACACGUUUCAUCGAGCGAACAUUAUAAAAAAUGUUAAACAAACAAAAUGAAAUUAUUGAGUAAGACAUAGCUUAAGCAAUCAAAACAUUUUCACGUAAUAUCCCUCGACUGAUCCGGACCAAGACAGGAAAAAGUAAUCAACAGUUCUGUAUAAGUUCCGGUAAUAUACUGCAGAUACCCAUCUACUCACUAAUCAAACUGCCACAAGGAAAAAUUAAAUACAAUAAAAGUACCAAUUUGGUCUCUAGGCAGUUAGGGCAAUAGCUUGGUGCUUGACACUUGCGACUUGCCACUUGCCACUUACCACAAAUGUCGACAAAAAUCCUUUGUCGGGUUGUCAUGACAGUCUGAAAAAAGGACAGAGAUCGAGAGACCACCGAGCCGCCCCACAUCCACGCACAGACCCUGGUCAGAGCUGAAUCAAGCCAUAAUUCCAAGCCAAACGGUUAAAGCGAACAAUUUUUCCUGAAUAUUGGCACCUCAAAUUUAAAGACCGCCUUCUUCCUGCAGGGUCGAAAGUAAGGUAUGCCGAAUUAACAACAAUAACAAUUAACAACAAUACAAGCUGCAGAGUUUUUGGCAGCAAAACAACACCACACCACUCCCAACCCAUCGCUGGAGCAUCAAGAAAUUACAAUAAUAUAAAAUGGGUAGCAAUAGUUAAGAAAAAAAUACUUGCCGGGAUGAACUGUUAGCGCCUGUCUUCUCGUCCAUCGGCCAAGUCCUAAUUUGGUUGGCUUAUUGAUUUCGCCAAUCGACCCGACAUUUGUUUUGGUAGCAUCCUCGACUUUGUCGAUGAAUAUUUGGAUUUCCAAUUAGCAGACGUUGCUGCCACAGCUCGAGUGAUACGAUAGGGUGAUAAGACCGAGCAAACCAUAAAUCGGGCAACCAAUUUAUUGAACUCUAUUGAAAUGGACAGAAUGAGUUUCUUGCAGCCAUACGUACCAUCUAGAGCCGCCGUUGACGCCGUCAUAUGGCUGGCUUAUGGCCUGGGAUUCCUCAUUAUGUUUCCAGCUUGCUUUGCUGGCCCGCACGAGAAGCGCUUACUGCAUGCACUACUGGACAACUACAACAGCUUGGAACGGCCCGUGGUAAAUGAAUCAGAUCCAUUGCAGUUGAGUUUCGGACUAACGCUUAUGCAGAUUAUCGAUGUGGAUGAAAAGAAUCAGUUGCUUAUAACUAAUAUUUGGCUUAAAUUGGAAUGGAAUGAUAUGAAUCUACGCUGGAAUUCCAGUGAGUUUGGUGGUGUGCGGGACUUGCGAAUUCCGCCCCAUCGUUUAUGGAAGCCGGAUGUGCUCAUGUACAACAGUGCAGAUGAGGGCUUCGACGGCACCUAUGCUACUAAUGUGGUGGUGCGGAACAACGGGAGCUGCUUGUACGUUCCACCGGGAAUCUUUAAGUCAACGUGCAAGAUAGAUAUCACCUGGUUUCCAUUUGACGAUCAGCGAUGUGAAAUGAAAUUUGGAUCCUGGACAUAUGAUGGCUUUCAGUUGGAUCUGCAGUUGCAGGAUGAAGCUGGCGGAGACAUUUCUAGCUUCAUAACAAACGGAGAGUGGGAUCUGCUAGGUGUGCCCGGCAAACGAAAUGAAAUCUACUAUAAUUGCUGCCCAGAACCUUAUAUUGACAUAACAUUCGCAAUUUUGAUACGACGUAAAACCCUGUAUUAUUUUUUCAAUUUAAUUGUGCCGUGCGUACUAAUUGCCUCCAUGGCACUGCUAGGGUUUACACUUCCGCCAGAUUCUGGUGAGAAGCUUUCACUUGGAGUUACUAUUUUACUAUCGCUCACAGUCUUCCUCAACAUGGUUGCAGAAACAAUGCCAGCGACUUCUGACGCCGUGCCGCUUUUAGGAACUUAUUUCAAUUGCAUUAUGUUUAUGGUGGCCUCAUCAGUUGUGUCAACCAUACUUAUCCUCAAUUAUCAUCAUAGAAAUCCAGAUACGCAUGAAAUGAGUGAAUGGAUAAGAGUAAUAUUCCUUUAUUGGUUACCUUGCAUAUUGCGCAUGCAAAGACCCGGACAGGUUGGAUACGAAUGUCCGCCACCGCCCUCCUCAGCGGGCUCGUCGACAGCAGGCGACAAAAAGCAACAAAUACAAAAUGUUGAGCUCAAGGAAAGGUCCUCAAAGUCGCUGCUUGCAAAUGUCCUUGACAUAGACGAUGAUUUUCGCUGUAAUCAUCGAUGUGCCAGUUCCACAUUGCCGCACCAGCCAACAUAUUACAGGACAAUGUACAGGCAAGGUGAUGAUAGCAGCGUUGGACCCGUGGGUUCAGUAGGACCUGUGGCCGCUGUUGCCGAGGCCCGUAUACAUGAAGCCAUCUCCCAUACCUGUCUUAGCUCAUCGGCAGAAUACGAGUUGGCGCUAAUACUGAAGGAGCUACGCUGGAUAACCGAUCAGCUGAAAAAAGAGGACGAGACUGGCGACAUAACACGAGACUGGAAAUUCGCUGCUAUGGUCGUUGAUCGUUUGUGCCUUAUUAUUUUCACGCUGUUUACUAUUAUUGCAACCCUGGCAGUUUUAUUCUCAGCACCACAUUUCAUCUUUCCAUAAAAACGGACGCUGGAUGAGGAGGAUGGGUGGAAGAAAAUGCAGUUUGAAGCACAGCAGGACUGUCUACAGUGGCAAAUUCGCGUGUUACGGACAAACAUUCAAACAAUUAAUUUUGUAAGAUGUGCGAGAAAAAUCAAAAACAUAGAUACAUAUUUGUGCAUUAACCUACGGGAACGAGGUGUAAAAGCGAAAAACAUUCAAUCCGACAUUCUUUCGGCAUCCAAUUAGUUAAUCCUUUGGUCUUCCUGUUUACAAUUUCGACAGAUGUAUCGGCAGCUCUUAAUGUGAAAACAGAAAAAUUACAUAUACAAGCAUAUUUUCAUGCAUAUAUGUAUGUGUAUGCAGAUGUACAUUUUUUGUAUGGAUAGUAAAGUCGAGAUGAACUAAUAAUACUUACAUAUUUGCAUCCAUGUGCAUAAAAGUAUGCAUGUGUGCAGCACAAUAUAUACAUACACACUUACACUGCCGAUCAAUAGAAUAAACUCAAUGCAUUUUCUAUAGGAAAUGUAAUUAAAAAAAUCAAGAUACCAAUGAAUUUAAAAAGAGUAUUUAUUUUCUUAUAUUCAAGAUUCCUUUACUUAAUUAAAAUAUUAAAAAUUGGUUUUUUUCAAAAUCCUAAUAUUAAAUUGUAUGUUUAUGAUAUUUAAAGUCAGUUUAAUAACACAGCCCCACAAAAAAAAAGUGUCGUGCGAGGCAGACCAGAGUAUCAUAUCCCUAUGUAUUUGGGGGCCACACGAAUCCAAGGUCAGACUUAGACUUUUUUUCUAACCUCAAAAAACCAAUAUGGUCGAAACAUGGUGGAAACUCAUUUGAAAAAUUCAUCGGAUUUGCUUGAAACUCAUAACUCGGGAGCCUUUGAGGUCCCUGAUCCUGGAUUUCUUAAGAAAUAAGACACAACAGACUUCUAACCCAUCUGCCUGGUUGUAAGGUUGCUGUCUCGAUAUGCCUAUAUUAUAGCUUUUUCUUUCGCUGUAAGAGCUUUGCCACCACCUUUUCUUAUUUAAAAUAAUUAAAAAGUGCACGUGGUAAUUGAAUGCAAAUUUUACCGUGUGUACUGAUUGUUGGACAGAAUUUCGCUGCCGUUGCAAGGGAAGUUCAAGGGAAGCAACCAUUCAUAUGUAAGGUUUAUUUGUGACUAAUAAAUGCUCUGCUCGCAGGCAGAUAGAGACCGAACGAAAGGGAGAACAAAAAGGGAGAUAAGAGAACGUCGCUUCGUUACGUCUCCCACUCUUACAUACGUCUACAUACUCAUAUGUCUGUCAAUACAUGCAUGCAUUGCUAGAGAUGGUCAUUCUUCAACACUGAUCGCCUAAAAAGCUAAUUAAUUGAAGCAUAAUGGAAAGAAAUCAUAGCUGUACAAUUUCUAGAGCUAACUCUUAUUACCCUAUUUUGUGAACUUUACUGCUGUAACAAACACAACAAAAAUUUCGUCGUAAGAUUAAUUCAAAGUAUAAACCCAAAAAUGCAUUGAGUCUAUUCUUUUGAUCGGCAGUGUAUGCACAUUUGUAAAUACCCGUAUGUUGAUUUCUGUUAACGAUAACUUGUUUCUUCCUCUCAGUUUCGAAAUUGAAUAUAUAAAAGUUCAUUUUUGAUAUUUGUGUAUUUUUUCAUGCUUAUGGCCAUAUGAGUAUUUCUUUGAAUUUUUAUAAAUAAAAUAGUGUAUACAAAUAUGUUGCUGUGAUAGAAAAAUGUAUUAAAAAACGUUAACCAGUCACAAUAAAUUCAAAGUGAACAAAAAAAAAGAAGAUGAUGGUGCUGGUGAAACUUUCAUACUUCCAUCGAUGAGUAAUGUAAAAAUAAUUAGAAAUUAAAAAUAUACUGUCAAAGCCAUAUGCAAAAAUGCAAUGAAAAGAUAAAUCAAAACUGCGAGGGAAAUAGCUCGAUUAUCAAAAUAUAUGACAAACUAAACAAAAUAUGCGUACAAGCAUUCAUUCAUAUUCUCGUACGGAAACACUUAUAAAGACGUGUAUACAUACAUAUGAAUUUAACUUUCUGGUACGGGUAUUUACUUAUGUAUGCUUGUAAAUAUUUAUUUUUUUUUCAAUCUGGCCAUAUGUAUUAUUCGACUAUUCGAAUACGAUUAGUGGGAACAUCAAUCGUUGCUAUUCCCAUACAAAAUUCCUACAACAAUAUGUGCUUACAUACGAGUAUGUAUGUACAUAGGCUCUCGUAUAUUGUACGCACUGCUGGCAUUUCAAAAAGGAAAAUAUAUUGAGGCAAUUCUUAUACUGGAUACAAAAAACGGAUGAUAAAUAACAACCUGAAGGUUGAGAGGUUUUUAAGCAUAUGUAAAAGGGAUAGAAUAACUGAGAAAGAAACAAAACUAAAAAUAUGUAAAAACAAUGUUCAUGUGCAAGAAAAGCAUAAAGAAGAAAGUGUUGAAAACAAAGUAUAAAGUUAACUAUUUUUAAAUUUAAAAAAAGCAAUGGCAACAAAAAGCGUGGUAUAGAGAGUAAAGUUUACUUAAACCAAAACCCAAGCAUAAACCAAAUUAUACAAGUGUACAUACAUAUGUAAGAACAUAUGUGUUAGUCAAUCACGUAUAUAGAGAAAAUGAUAGUAAAGUAUACAUACAAACAUACUCGAAAUAUAUAAAAACGAAUUAAAGAUGUUUAUAUAACACUCUUAAACACAUACAUUCAAACACACAUAUAUUACCAGUUAGUCAAAACCCUUUUUAAAACAAAACAAAAAGAAAAAUAACUUAAAAACAGCAAAGAGUUAACAAAAAUUCGUGCGUAGCGUAAAACUAAAGAAACUAAAAAUCCGCGAAUUUUAUUUAAUGAAAAAAAAAACAGGUAACACUAGAUGGAAUAUUUUUUCCAAGCGUCUGCGACUUCAACAUUAACAGCCAAAAAAUUGCCUUUGCAUAUAAAAUACGAGUAAUUAUGCCAGUAUUGCUUUCCCUUACGCGGCGUUGUAAGAUCACAUUCAUCUUAUGAUGAUAUCGAUAGCAACACCGCGAUCUAUUCAACCGAUCAAAAUAUUGCGCUAUAAACGGGUUACCAUUAAUUGUGUCACAUUGACAUGUUUCUUUUUACCAAUAUAAAACAUUAGCGUGUAGCAGAAAAGGCAUUUUCAUAUGCAACAGGUGGGCGGCGAGAAGCGUACGUAUAUUUACAAUUCAUAUGUGUAUGUGUACAUAUGUAUGUAUAUAUUUACAAGCUAUUAGUGUUUGUAGGUACUACUUGCAUUCUAAGCAUGCAUAUACACGUAUACAUACAUACAUACAUAUAUACAUAUUUGUAUGUACGACAAUAAACGCGAAGGCAUAGUCGUGAAAACUACAUACAUACAUAUAUAAAAAAAAUCAAACCCAUGAACUAAAUCAAGGCAUAUUGUAUGUACUUAGAGCUUUUGUAUAUUCAUAUAAUCUAUAAUCUAUUGAAUAGUUGCAAAAUAAAUUCGAAAGUGUGCUCCAAGAAAGCACCCACGCACUGGUACAUCCAUAGACCCUCGCGACUACAUACUCGUACAGAACUGGCUAUUCAGGAAAGACGCAACUUUCAAGCAAAAGUCUUCCUUAAUUAUAAAAAAAAGACUUAGAUACCAGAGCAUAAAUAUAAUUCGGUAAAAAAAAACUAACAACUACUAAUUAGCAUGAUUAAAUAAACGAUUAAAACACA